AUGGUGAAGAAAGAGCCAUCAGCAGCCGUCGAAUAUGAAACGUUACCUUGCUACCGCGGGGAUGAAUUGGCUCAGGAUGUCAGGGUUCUAAACCGAGUUUUCUGGAGUUUCUACCCAUGUAUAAGAGCAUUUAGGCACUGCAAGCCGGUUGUACAGGUAGAUGGCACACACUUGUAUGGAAAAUAUAAAGGAGCGUUGUUGGUCGCAGUUUCUCAAGAUGGUAACAACAAUAUUGUGCCAAUUGCAUUUGCGCUUGUAGAGGGGGAGACAUCAGAUGCAUGGUCCUUUUUCCUUCGUCAUUUGCGAACCCAUGUGGUGACGAAGGAUGGGGUGGGACUUAUCUCUUAUCGACACGAGUCUAUUAGGUCAGCAGUUUCUCGUUGUGAUGGAGCAUGGGAGCCGCCAAGGGCCAGACACAUGUUUUGCAUUAGGCACAUAGCAUCGAACUUCUUGAGGAAGUUCAAGGCACCGUUCAUGAAAAAGCUUGUGGUGAACAUAGGCUAUUCUAAGACAGUGGAUGAAUACGAAAUCCGUUACCAGAGGUUGCGCAGUCGGGGUGAGGCAUACACUCGCUGGCUAGAUCGGAUUCCCCGUGAGCAACACUCUUUGGCAUAUGAUGGUGGCCAUCGAUGGGGUCAUAUGACGACAAAUCUGGUGGAAUGCAUCAAUGGGGUGUUGAAGGAUGCACGCAAUCUUCCCGUCACAGCACUUGUAAAGGCAACUUUUUAUAGACUGAAUGAGUUGUUCACAAGGAAAAGGGAUGGCGCUGAGACUCGUCUUCGAGCCGGACACUUAUUCUCUGAAAUAGUGACCGAAAAGAUUCAGCAAAAUUUGAUUGCGGCUGGAAACAUUAUGGUUAGUUGCUUCGAUCGGCAGAAUGAAGUUUUCGAGGUGAGGGAGAUGCCCAGCGGUGUUGAGUAUGCGGUAGACCUGCAACGUAGGCACUGUGACUGUGGUUAUUUUCAGGUUGAUUGCUUUCCAUGUCGUCACGUUUUUGCAUGUUGUGCAAACCAACGUCUUGAUUGGCAAGUUUACGUUCACGAGGUGUAUCAAAUGGAUGAGAUCCGAAAGGUGUACAGAGCUAGAUUUAGGCCAUUGGGCAACCCAACAACAUGGCCGGUGUAUGGAGGGCCACGGAUGAUACCUAAUCCUUCACUUAAGAGAGUUACCAGAGGUCAUCCCAAACAAACUCGCUUCUUGAAUGAGAUGGACACACGAUCAAUGCGAGGUCCUAGACGUUGUAGGCUAUGCGGUGUAGAAGGACACAGUCGUAGUAGGUGCCCCCAGCGCGCCGGAACCAGUGCACGCGAGCAAGACCCACCGUAA